UCAUACGCUGAGGAAAUAGUAGAAUUACAGUGCAGUUUUAUUCCUGUCAGUCCUCAAAGCCUCUGCUGUUGACUGUAGUUCGAGGGUCCCCAAGCUGUGUGCUAGACAGCUUCGGUGGCUCAAUGCUACCUCACAGUAGACUCAGGUUUGAGCAGGAAUGACUCACAAAAACUUGGUGGUCUUCACCUGUGGUGCCAUCAGCCUGAUAGACACACCGAGGGGCCACAGCGCUCGGCCCCAGGGUUUCAACAUGGAAUAGUCUCUAAACGGGUUUAGGGUGAAGGAUGGCUGACAGUGUCAGUGAGUCAAGCAGAGGCUAGAUGAUGAAACAAGAAUAGAAUUUCAGAACCAAACAAAGCCAGUAUGCUGUACGUGCUGAUAGAGGCACAGAAGGCCUUGCUGGACAGAGUGCAGAAAGAAAAGGAGCUGGCAAAAGGAGAGACUAGAGUUAUCUCAGAAGACAGAAGAGGCUUGGAGACUGAACAGUCUGGUCUGUGUAGCCUCAGGCCACCCCUCACCAAAGAGCCCGUUUCUUCCCUCAGUGAGUCUCAAGUAUACGAUUCUGAAUGGCUUGUGUCGAAUCCGCAGGAGAGACUGGCUUGGGCAAAAGCAUCCAGAGACUCUAGGAUUGCAGAAGGUCAACAGUCUCCACUGGAGAAAAGGAUCCUGAGUCUUGGUGGUGUACACACAACAGCAGCAAGACACCUGGUUACUCAAAAAUGCCAAGAGGCGAGGAAAGCACUCUGCAGGGAGCAGGCUCGUUCUCUGGACUACUGGCUUGCAAAGGCAGAGUCUUAUUAUAAUAAAAAAAUAGUGGAAAUGAUGAAAAGUGAAGUCAAAGGGGGAAAAACAAAGACGAAAGUGGAAGAGGCAACACCACCAAGCACAGAGGAACCAAAACAACAUUAUUUGGUGCCCAAGAGAGAGAAGAAACAAAUAGAGAAACACAUUCUUAGAACCGGCCAGGCCAGAGACUUUAAGAGCAAAGCAGGGACGCAGCCGCGACUCCUCGGUGAGAUAACACUUCCCAAAAUUGUGCAAGAAAAGUGUGGCAGCCCGAAAGCCCAGAGGAGAACGCAGGUAAAUGAGAGAGAGCUGCUUCAGAUUAAAGAUCAUCGCGAGCGCAUGGUUCGAGGGAGGGAACUCUUAGAGCAAAGACUCAAAGAAAGAAUUUUGAGAAAAAGCUACAGCCAAGUCCUGCUGCCCAAGAGGCGCCAUUGCAGGAAGAAAGAGAUGAGGGAGUUUGAAAGAGUGGUCGCAUACCCGCUUUUCCAGCCCUCCAGUACAAGUCGGAUCAAAGUGGAUAUCCUCAUUGAAAAGUCUCAGGAUGAAGAGGAUGUGCGGACAAUUAUAAAACCCUGUGGGAGGAGAUUCUUGGCUGUGCCACCCUUUCUGAGAACUCAAAUAGGGAAAAUAAAGGACUAAUAAAGUUUCAGAUCUUUGGUGAUAAAAACCAUUAUUUUUUUCCUUUGUGGGUCAGGGCGGGGGUUAAUUCAGAGUUUCU